AUGAUUGCCGCUGAAUGGUUUUUUAUACUCGCUUUGCUGAUUCGCUACGUGUCGUCUCAGCUUCUGGAUCCGCAAUGCUCUCAUUACUCUCCCAAUGAAAACCAAGACGCCCCUUGGAUAGCACAAAUUAUAUCGACCACAAAAAACUGCACUGGCGUGCUUAUAAACAAACAUUUUGUAUUGACCGCAGCAAGUUGCGUGGCUGAGGGAAAAUCCAGUUUCUUUUGCCUGAGUUCCGAUUGUCCCAAUUGGAUCCCCGUCAAAACAGUCCACAUUCCCAAGCCAUAUAACGCAAAUGGGAAGGAUAUAGCUCUGCUCGAACUUAAAACGCCUGUGGACUAUAAACGCAUACGGCCAAUAUGCAUUUUGUUGACGGAAUUCAAUUUAGAAGACGGCAUGAUUCUUAAAGGCUGGACCGGAAGAUCAAGAACGACCAAAAUUACUAAACUGAAUAAUAUAGACUGCCGUAAUUCCUUCGGUAACUUUCCCAAUAGUCUUCAGAUCUGUGCUGGCUCCAAAACCAACAAAGUGUGCGAAGAAUAUGGAAGUCCUCUGGGCAUUGAUGCAUUUAGUUCGAGUUUAGCUGGUUACGUACUUAUCGGAAUUCAGAUGUACGGCGCUUCAGGAAUUUGUGUUUAUUCCGAUAUAUCAGCGUAUAUCGAUUGGAUAGUAUCAGUCGUCCUAAAGGUCGAAAUCUUAAUUAACGUUUUAAGUUAUACUUAA